CAGACUAGGAGCACAAAGGCGGAAGUAGCGUACGGCGCGUGGGCGGUGCCAGGCGCAGUCAUGUCGGCGGCCUUGCUGCGUCGAGGUCUGGAGCUCCUGGCGGCGUCGGAGGCCUCCCGGGCCGCCCCGGGCCAGGUCCGGCCAAGCGGGGCUCCGGGGAAGCGGGCCCGGAAGCCGAAGGCGGCCCAGGCCCAGAAACUGCGGAACUCGGCUAAAGGAAAGGUGCCCAAGUCGGCGCUGGCCGAGUACCAGAAGCGAGAGUGUCGAGACCACCUCAGAGCAAACCUGAAGUUUAUGACUGGCACAAAGAGCACCCUGGCGGAGUCGGUGUCCAAGCAGAUUCUGCGGCAGAACCGGGGCCGCAAGGCCUGUGACCGGCCCGUGGCCAAGACUAAGAAGAAGAAGAAGGCCGAGGGCACCGUGUUCACAGAGGAAGACUUCCAGAAGUUCCAGCAGGAAUACUUCGGCAGCUAGGCUCCCUGGAGGGCCUGUGGGAGCAGGAGGUGCGCAGGACUCGAGCUAGCCCGUGCAGUGCAGAGCGCGGCCUGCAGAUGGCGACACAGGGCCGGCUCAAGGAAGGCCUGGCGCUGGAAUUCCGGGAGUCUGGAAUGGAGCUGGGACCCCGGGGGCAGAUUUACAGUCGGACUGGAGCUGACAUGUUCCGCAGGCUUAGGAGGAGCCAUCUGCCCUGCCAGAAAGGAACAUUUCUGACUAUUCUAGCUGCUUUGCCCCGUGUGGCCUCUGCCUGUUUCUGUGGUCCAAGGCCAGGUCCUGGGUCCUCAGCACACUGUCAGAUGCAGGAAGAAGGCUGCUGCCUAGACUCCUGCUUUCUAAUAAAUGUGGGCGCUGCUGACCUGA